UUUUAAGCGCGCCGGUUUCCGCCGUGGUGCGGAGGGCUGUUGACGCAGCCGCCAUAAAACGUGGUGUGCCUGCUGGAAAAAGGGAUUUCCUUUCACUCUAAGCGCCGAGAGACACGUUCACACAACAGCCACCAUGGUUCGGAUCGUGGAAACUUUGGAAGAAUUCAAGAGCAUCUUAGCGGAGAGCGGUGACAAACUGAUAGUGGUGGAUUUCACAGCCGAGUGGUGUGGCCCCUGUAGAAUGAUAGCACCACAUUUUAAAAAAUUCUCAGAAGCUCCUGAGAACCAGAACGUGAUUUUCUUGAAGGUGGACGUGGAUGAAGCAGAUGACGUCGCCGCAUUCUGCGCGGUCCAAUGCAUGCCCACAUUUCAUUUUUAUAAGAAUGGAAAAAUGGUGCUCGAAUUCUCUGGCGCUAACGAAACACAGCUGAAAGAAGGAUUGGAAAAGUUGAGAUAAAGUUUGUGACCCAGCGACCCAAUCCACACACUCAUUGUAUAAAAACACCACAGUCGCCACUGUUGACCUCUGUACAUGCCUAGAAAUUAAAGUUUGAUGUUAAGUAACCAUCAGGUCUCCUAUUCCACACAGAAUAAUACUUUAUUGCUCUCAUCAUGUUGGUGACAACCAGUCCUGUCACUUCACUGUCUGUGUUUAUCCACUGUCUUGCUGAAAUUAGAUUAAAACCUGAUGACCAUCUUUGAUUCCGUUUUCUAUGAAAUUGGCUUUGCUCCUGACUAACUCCUGAACUUUCUUUGUAUGUUGUGCUCAACACGGUGGAUUUAAUAAAUAAAGAUGAGCAACAAGAA